ACAAUUCUUCACAAGUGGACAGUCGAGUGAUAGGACCUUCCGUCAAAAUACGAGCAAAAAUGGUUGCAAAUUUCAAGGUCUUUAAAAAGUCCUCCCCCAAUGGAAAAAUUUCCCUAUACCUGGGGAAACGAGACUUUAUCGACUACCUCUCGGGAGUAGAACCGGUCGACGGUGUAAUUCUUCUCGACCAAGACUACAUCAACAGCGAGCGUCGAGUAUGGGGACAACUAAUCUGCAGUUUUCGGUACGGAAGAGAGGAAGAUGAAGUAAUGGGUCUAAAUUUCCAAAAGGACCUGUACCUGGUAUCCGAGCCUCUCUAUCCUGAAAAGAAGAAGUCAGAAACAAACCUGACAAAAUUGCAAGAAAGAUUACUAAAAAAAUUGGGACCAAAUGCAAUUCCUUUCACCUUUUGCUUUCCCCAAAGUGCUCCCUCAAGUGUGACCCUUCAACCAGAUGCUGAGGAAACUGGAGAACCUUGUGGGGUGAGUUACUACGUGAAAAUUUUCACCGGGGAAAGCGACUCUGACGUCAGUCACAAGAGAAGUACAAUUUCUCUUGGAAUUCGAAAAAUCCAGUAUGCUCCUACAAAACAGGGAAGACAACCUUGCAGUGUUGUUCGAAAGGACUUUCUCUUGAGUCCUGGGGAAUUGGAGCUUGAAGUCACUUUGGAUAAACAGCUAUAUCAUCAUGGUGAACGAAUCGCUGUCAAUGUUACUGUGAGGAAUAACAGCAACAAGGUCGUAAAAAAAAUUAAAGCGCUUGUUCAACAGGGAAUAGAUGUUGUAAUUUUCCAGAAUGGGCAAUUUAGAACAGUCAUCAGUGCUGUUGAGACCCAAGAUGGAUGUCCGAUUAACCCAGGAUCAAAUUUGCAGAAGGUUUUGUAUUUAAAGCCAGAUUUGGAGGGAAAUGAAAACCGAAGAGGAAUUGCUCUGGAUGGACAAUUGAAAAGUGAAGGAGAGAGUCAACUGGCUUCCAGCACCUUGCUGACAUCUCCAGAUGUUCGAGACUCUUUUGGAAUUGUUGUUUCAUAUGCUGUGAAGGUGAAGCUUUAUUUGGGAGCUUUGGGAGGAGAAUUGUCUGCUGAAUUGCCGUUUAUUCUAAUGCGGCCAAAACCUUCGGAUAGGGUGAAAUCCAUCACUGCUGAUGGGAUAGUAAUUGACGAUCCACCACAAAUCAAGGAAAAAAUCUGCAGUUAAUUAUCCGGAAUUCAUCUUCUGAAUUUGAUCAAUGGUGGGAAAAAUACAUCUUCUGUUGGAUUGAAUAAUCAAUUAUAUGGUUCGGAACCUGUAGAUCUUUUAAACGUAAAUAGAGUUUAGGAAGUUCGAUUGGUAAUGGAAGAACGUAUUUUUCAUAUUUUGUGGUGUGUGUUCGGAGUGAUUAACAAAUUAUCAGAAUUCUUCAUAAAAAGUGACGUCAAAUUUCUUAAGAUUGUUAUAAAGUUUAUUUGAAAUUAUAUGAAGUAAUUCGAAUUAAUCAGUUGACAUUUAUUAACUAUUUUCUUUCUAGUAUAGCAUUUUAUAAUUUACUUUUCGUUUUUUAAUUUAUACUUCAUGAGGUAUCAUUUGAUUACUUUCAGAUUCUUUUAAUCUUCAAAAAAGUAAAUUUGAUGUAAUGUGUUUAUAAUUACAAUUCAUGAUAGUAUGAUACCGUAGUGGUUACAAUAAAAAAAUAA